AAGGAGUCCAGAGUUUAGGAUAAGAGAUAUGCGCCAGAGUUGAAGCGAGAAGGAAGGGUCCGCGCGCCAUGGCUGGCAUCACCACCUCCCCCUUCAAACUCUCUCACUUUCCGACUCUCUUCUCUUCUUCUGAUUCCAAACUCUUCGGCCUUCCCCUCUCCAAUCCCUAUUCCCUCAAAUUCGACCCUUCUUCUCUCUCCACUACCUCUCUCUCCUACGUCAAAGCCCGCUACUACGGCGGCGGCGGCGGCCCUCCCCGCUCCCCCAACGACUCCCGCUUCCGCAAGUCCUCCGAUUCCGACGACGACGAUAAAGCUCUCGACCUCUCCACUCUCAGGUCAGAUACCGUGAGGCUUAUUGAUCAGAGCCAGAAUAUGGUCGGAGUAGUGUCAAUUGAUGACGCCAUUCAAAUGGCUGAAGAUGUCGAACUUGACUUGGUAAUAUUAUCCCCAGAUGCAGAUCCUCCUGUUGUUAGAAUAAUGGAUUACAGCAAAUAUAGAUAUGAACAGCAAAAGAAGAAAAGAGGACAGCAGAAGAAAAGUGCUGCUAAUCGGAUGGAUUUGAAGGAGCUCAAAAUGGGAUACAACAUAGAUGAACAUGAUUAUUCAGUGCGUUUGAAAGCUGCACAGAAAUUUUUGAAAGAUGGCAACAAGGUUAAGGUCAUAGUAAACCUCAAGGGUCGUGAAAAUGAAUUCCGGAAUAUGGCUAUUGCGCUUAUUACACGUUUUCAGAAUGAUGUUGGGGAGCUUGGAAUAGAGGAGACAAAAAACUUCCGUGACAGAAAUAUCUUCAUAAUUUUGGUUCCAAAUAAAGUUGCUGUGCAGAAAACUCAAGAACCACCAAAGAAAAGAGACAAGUCAGCUGCAGAUGAAGUCUCCGUUAGUGCCCAAGCAUAACCGCAAACUUCCACGCUAGUUUCUAAUUGUAGAAUGGAUAUUGUGAGUAACUUGUAUUGGUCCGAGUUGGAAAAUUUUCCGAGCAUUAUAUAAUUGUAUAAUUCAUGUGCAAUAAUAGCAUAUAAAUUCACGAGAAUUUUAAUUAUAGAGGCAGCCUUGGCCUUUUCAACACAAGUUUCUGAAGGGAUACAUCAUAUAUCAUAAAAGAACAAUCGCACGUGGAUAAUUUAUGCUCAUUUUAAUUUUUGAAGUUGACAGCAAUAUUUGCAUACUUCUAUUUCAAUCCAGUGCAUGUCAAGUUGGUGACUGGUAGAAGGGUCCAUUAUCCAUACCUUGAUCAAGACAAGAAGCACAUGGUCCUAACAAAGGUUUUGGAAGGAAACCCGUCAAUUCUCCUGAUUAUGCCUGCCUAAUAAUAUGGUUAGGGGAACAAGUAGUACCUCUUUCUGGAUGCUGCUUAUGUGUAGCUUGAGCUCAAACGCUAGUUAUUGUAACCUAAAGAUGUAGAGGCUUCAACUUAUGGACCUAACGAUUUGAAGGUAGCUUAGUUUUGAAGUGCUUGCGUUCGAAGAAAACUAACGUGUUUUUACUCGCAUGAGUGAACAAAACGUAGUCCUGAAAGCAACACGUUAUGUUAUUUUGGGUCAGCAAGCAACACAUUAUGUGUACCCUAUUUUAUUUUAUAAUUUAAAUAUGUUUAGUUUAGGUUA